AUGAAUAGCAUUCGUCAGAUUCAAGACCUUAAUAAACGUGAGUUGGAAAAUGGAGUCUCCCCAUCUGCCUCAUGGCAUACAGAUUAUCGCGACACAGCUUAUAUUUACAUUGGCGGCCUUCCUUUUGAGCUAUCUGAAGGCGACGUUCUAGCCAUAUUCUCACAAUAUGGCGAACCUACAUACAUCAACCUGGUGCGGGAUAAAGAAACUGGAAAGUCCAAGGGUUUUGCAUUUCUGAAAUACGAGGAUCAAAGGAGUACGGAUUUGGCUGUCGAUAAUCUGGGAGGCACAGUAAUUGCUUCUAGGACGUUAAAGGUGGAUCACACGAGAUAUAAGAGGAAGGAUGGCGAGGAGGAUACUGGAAUGGAUCUGAAUAGAGAUUUGGACGGAGAAGAUGAGAAGAGUGAGGAUGGCGAGGACGAAGAAGAGCAUAGGCCUAUGCUUAAGGAGGAGAGGGAGUUAGCGCUAUUGAUCAGAGAUCACGACGAGGAUGAUCCAAUGAAGAAAUUCUUGAUUGAAGAGAAGAAGGAAGAGGUUGCAAAGGCACUGGCGAGGUUCAAAGGGGGGAGCAAGUCAGAAAAGCCAGAGAAGAGCAGAAAGCAUAGGCAUCACCAUAGGUCUAGGCGGGUUACGGACGAAGAGGAAAAUCCAAAUGAUGGUCAUCGAUCCCAACAUAGAUCACAUGGCCACGAUACGGAGCGGGAUCGGAAUCGUGAAUAUAGAAAGAGGUCGCCAGAGGAUGAUCGCAGAAGAGAUAGAGGGGCACGGCGAGAACGAUCACCAAGUGAGAAUGAGGAUGAUAGACUCGAUUCUCGAUCACGGAGAGAUAGAGAGAGAGAUGCGCCAAGGCGUCGGAAUUACGAACGAGGAGAUUGGGACAAGGGUAGGACUAGCGAGCGACGGGAAAGGAGGAGAAGUGAUUCAGGGGAGAACAGACAUGAUAGACGGAUGCAACACUAA